CGCCGGCCGGGCCGGGCUGGGGAGCGGCGGGCGCGGCGCGGGCGCGGAGCGGCGCGGAGGUUGUCUUCUCAAAAUCAAUAAAAGCUGAAGAUGGAUAUUAAGCGUGUGAAGGACUAUUUCUAUUGGCUGUACUUCCAGUACCUCCUGGUCACCUGCAGCUAUGUGCUGGAGCCUUGGGAGCAGUCCAUGUUCCACACCAUCACUGUCACUGUUUUUGCUAUGGUGGUGUACACUGCUUACGUCUUCAUCCCUAUCCAUGUCCGCCUGGCUUUUGAGUUCUUCUCCCAGAUAUUUGGAGGCCAGCCUGAAAGUACUGUUUCCAUCAUGAACUGAACUUGCCUCCGUAGUAAUUAGCAGCUCUUGCAACUUGUGAAAUGAAAUGUCUUCAGUUCUGUGCAUUUGAGUUCUGAAGCAGUUUUGCAGUUAUGAAAAUACUGUUUUCUCUUACAAAACAUGGCUUGCUUAAUUACCACAGCUGAAAACCAGAGUAAGGCUGACUAUUGGCUACACAGUCCCAGUUAAAUAAAGCACAAGCCAGCUUUUGCUGUGUGAUAAUGAAACACAUCAUCCAGAAGAAAACACUUAUCUAAUAUUCAACUUGCUCACUGUAAGAAAAAUAUUAUGUAUGAUGAAUGCCUUGAAUUAAGAGAUGUCUUUUACUGUAACACAUUCAAAACCUAUUUUUUAUCAUAAUGGAAGGCAGGUAUUCUAGAACCGUGUGCUUUUUAAAGUGUAGUUUUGCAUAUUUUCUUCACUAAUUUAAUCAUAUUGGCAUAUAUCAAAUAGCAAAGACUGUUUACAAUGAUUGUGAGGAGGGAUAUUUUGCUUAUUAUACAAAACUCCUGCCAACAGACUGCAGUGGCAAAACCUGCCUUUCUUUUUUUGACAGACUAGAGGAGCAUAAGUGAAAUAGAGCAUGAUUGAAAACUGUCUGUCUGGUAAUUGACUUCUGGGUUUUUUAAUGGAUGGAAGAAUAAAGAAAGUAAUAUGAGGUAUGAACCUGAAUCCAGCAGCAUCUAAGUUGCUGCUACUGAGUUUAGAUGUCCUAAUUGCUGUAGUAAAAAUUUACUGAAAACAGGAAGAGAAACAGAAGCGAGUGUUUCAGUGCACUCCUCCCUUCUUUGAUACAAACUGAGACAUUUUUUUCUUUUAGUUCCUCUCCACUGAAGCAAGCAAAGUGUAUGUUUGCACAGAGGAAGAUGAUGCAGUAUAUAGAGUGGAAAUAAUAUUUUAAUAACUACAGGGAGGUCUGAAGCAUUUAAAUGAAACUUUGAUACAGAGAUCUCCUUUACAAAGAAGAAAUGCAACUUACUGUAAUUGCCUGUGGGAAGUUUCUUCAACAAUCAUCAACCAGAACUGACCUGCUUCUAGUACUACAAGGAAAAGCACUUCCUUAUAUGUGUGCAAUGGCUGGGUCUCAUAUCUCAAGGAACACACACCCCAGUGUGAUGUUGCAAUUUGUGUUUAACUUAAAGCAAACAGAAUAAUCAUCUACAAACACAGUAGUAGUCACCAGUGUCCUGCAGCUGGAGGUCAGCAAACAGCAUGUGGCAAUGGAGACAGAGACAGCAGAUGUUAGCAGCUCCUCCCGUCAUGCCUGUCCCGCAGCCUUGCUGACAGCAGCAAUAGCCAGCCUCAUUAUUUCCAGAAAGACAGCAGGAUGCUCCAUCAGAUGAAGGGAAUGCAAAAAUCACAAUUAAAAAAUAAAUCUCGGUCACUGGUCAGCUAAA